UAAAUGUAUAUUUUUACUUGUGUGUUUUUGUUCAAUAAAAUAGGAUUAUCGUAUCGUAUUUUCGAGUCCUAUUUUUUAACUUGAGCAAAUGAAUUUAAUAUCACAAAAAUAAAUCAGUUCAGUAAGCUAGAUGUUUUACUUUUCUAAUUAAUUAUCGAAUUUAUUAUAGUUGAUAGUUUGAUUAAAAAUGGAAUCGCCUGAAAAAGAAAAUAUUCACGAAGUAACUAGUGAAAAGCCAAUUUUGGUCGAUGAUUGUGAGAUAAAAAAGGAUGCUAAUUUAGAUAUUUGUGAUGAAACAGCUGCAACAGUAGAGCUGACAAUAAUACACAAUAAAGAUAAAUAUUUAGUAACUAUGCCAUUUUCAGCAACUAUAGGUCAACUUAAAAACAAGCUAGUUGAUAUAAUUGGUGUACCAAGUAAAAUGCAAAAAAUCAUGAUUAAGGGGUUGGCUAAAGAUGAUCAAACUUUAGAAUCUUUAAAUGUCAAUACAGCUACCAAAAUCAUGGUUGUUGGUGCUAAGCUUCAGGAUAUAGUUGCUGUUUCUGUAGUGUCUCCUGAAGAAUCUAGUUCAGAUAGUGCUAGUACCUCUACCAAAGAACCUUUAUGUAAGAAAAAGUUACAUUAUAAAAUACUAGAAAGAGGUAUUCCAGAAGAUGUCAUGGUUGGAAUUUUAAAUGUAAAGGAUCCAUUACCUCCACAUCCUUUAAGUGGUAUGCUUAAUAAGCAUGGAGGAAAAGUAAGACUGACAUUUAAAUUGGAAUUAGAUCAACUAUGGAUUGGUACCAAAGAAAGAACUCAAAAAAUAGCGAUGAAUACUAUUAAACACGUGGUGAAUGAGCCAAUUGAUGGACAUGAAGAGUAUCAUAUAGUGGUAAAUAGUUCUCAAUAUGUAAUCUGUAAUGUAAACUAUUGCAUAUCAAACCAUUGAAGAAAUAAGCAAUUUUUAAAAAAAAUCUGAUUU